AUUUAUUUUGUUUAAUUAAUAGAUUUUAGAUUUUCUACUCAUACACAGGUGAGUGAGAAGAUGGAACCCGGUGAGCUUGUGCAAUUGUGUAAGAUUCUAAACCCUAACAACAAAGUUGGGAGGUUGACAAUUAUCACUCGCAUGGGAGCCGAAAAUAUUCAGAUAAAGCUCCCAGAUUUGAUUAGAGCUUUGAAACAAGCAAAUCUCAUUGUCACUUGGGUGUGUGAUCCUGUUCAUGGUAACACCAUUAAAGCUCCUUGUGGUCUAAAGACACGCUCAUUCAACGCCAUCAAGUCAGAGAUAAGGGCAUUCUUGGAUGUUCAUGAACAAGAGAGUAGCUACCCUGGAGGAAUUCAUCUGGAGAUGACAGGACAGGACGUGACAGUGUGUUGGAGGGUCGAGGGAGGUGAAAUUUAGUGAUCUGAGCUCUCGUUACUAUGCACACUGUGACCCACGGCUCAAUGCAUCACAAUCGCUAGAGCUAGCUUUCUCUAUCUCAAACUGGUUAAGGAAGAGAAAG